ACAUUUAGGAAGGAAAUGUCUGAUGCGAACUUAGAUAGCAGUGCUUACCAGAAUGCGUGCCAAGGAGUAGAAGCAUCAGUUCAAACAGAAGAAAGUUGGCUUCAAGAACUGGCUGAUAAAAAACAAACCCGGGAGAAAGCAGUCCACCAAAAAAAGGAAGCUGGAGCCAUAAGCCAAGCUGCUAGGCUUAGAGAAAAGUGGGUAAUUAACCCAGAAGAGACAACACUAAGUAUCUUAAAUGAGCUCGAGUUUCAGGAAGACUUCAUGACACUGUUUGAGCCUUCGCUGAGAACAUUACCCAGCACAGGGCCACCAGCCAUUUUGGCGUACAAAAAAGAGACUUCAAAUUUAGACAUUAAUUUCAAGGAUGAAGAGGAGGAGCUGUCGCCUGAGUGUGAAUUUUGUGGCAGCGAUCUCAAAUCAUUUUUUUCCAGCUUGGAUAUUUAUUCUGACUACAGUUCCACCGAGCAAAAGAAAUGUGCCUCCUGUUGCCUUCGUUUCCAGAACCUGAUUGACUACGUCUAUGAGGAAAAUCAGAGAGUCCAAAGCUCUAAACCGGAAUUAAUCUGUAUUGAUCCUCAUGCGUCCCACGGCAGCGAGGUUGAGAAACUCAAAGCGAAGGAGAAAGCCUUGAAGAGAAAACAAGAGCAACUACUGGCUAAACAGUUUGUCAAAAAGUUUACUGAAUACACAACUGCCUCCGAAGAUCCAAAGCAUUUAAGAACGAUUACCUACCAACUCUCCAUGAAUGUUCCAGAAGAAAAGACAGUUGAGGGGAGUCUGCUUGACCUGCAGCUGAGCAGCAGCUUCUCCAUCGUUUGCUGUGAUUCUAGGAGUGUGUGUGGAAAGGUUGUGAGGGACCAGUUCCUGGAAAAGCACUACAGACACGGGAGCAAGUUUCUGACAUCCUUUCCCGAUGGGACAAUGCAAAUAUUCUAUCCAUCUGGAAACCUAGCCAUCAUCCGAGUACCCAACAGGAUAAGUGGAUUCACUUGCAUAGUUCAAGGAGAUAUGUCCAGUAACCCCUCGAUCCUGGCAGUGUUGGACUCUUCUGGCAAAAGUUCCUGCUACCAUCCUAAUGGAAAUGUCUGGGUAUACACCAAUAUCUUGGGAGGUCAAUAUUCAGAUCAAGCUGGUAACAGAGUAAGAGCUUGGAACUGGUCAAGCUUGAUUACUGCCUCACACUUUGUGUCAUUUAAGCCUGUCUUUCUGGCUUUGAACUGCUACAUUGGGAUUCGCAUCUUGGAACAGGACAAGAUCUCUAUCAGUUUUCUAGCGAUGGGCCAGCAAGCAAGAAUCAAUGUUGGAACCAAAGUGAAGCUCCUGCGCCCGGAGGAGAUUCCCGUCCUCUGGUACCUGGGCGAAGAUGACCUCCUUCUGCUGGCCAAGUUCAUAAAGAUCCGACGCCUGUUUCAUAAGCUGGAAGGGUGUAUGAGCUUUCCCUCAAGCCAGGUUUUGGGAAAACUAAAGCAGCCCCCCUACCUGUCUUCCCUUUCUCUAAAACUAACUGCCCUCUGUCACAAUGCUGGCAUUAAGCGGGAUAUCAUGGCAGCAAUACAGAACAUAAUCAAUAAAAAUAUUUAAGAUUUGA